CUUGUUAUUACACACUAUUUCGUUGUUUUAGAUCCAAAACCGACAGACGAUUCAAGCGAGACAAUGCUAACAGGUUGUGGUAGUAAUAAACCAAAACAGUUCGCGUUUAAUAGCUGACGUUUUGUUAAACGCAGCGUACACAAUGUCAACAUAGACGAUAGCUGAUGUUUUCACCAAUCAGUAGCUUAGUUUCAUCCGUAUCAGGGUCGAACAUUACCGCCCUUCAGCUGGAGUUUACGGCUAUUGUUAGGCUAGUGACCAUGACUGGUUAACGGCGUCCAGGCGUUAGGAUACAGACAGUUUGAUGAGGAUUAGCGCGAGUAAAUAUAACUGAACACAGCAAUUAGCUGAGUCGAAUGUAGCUAACGAUGCGCAAACUUAGCGUAGGAGCUAGUCGGCUGUUAACAGCGGUUGUUAGCUGUUUAUUAUAGUAGUCAUCCAGUUGUUAGGACUGUGUUCUGUUAAUCAGCUCGUUAGUUAAAUGCCAUGAAAUCGGUCGGAUGUCACGGCUCUCCCCGCUGCCUAAUACAAUGAACACCAUUGUGCAUGAUACUACAGAGGCACUGUGCCUGUCCGCUGACUACAACCUGUACCUUAAGCCCAUUGCCAAAAUGACCAUCAGCGUUGCACUGCCCCAGCUCAAGCUACCGGGUAAGAGCAUCUCCAACUGGGAGGUGAUGGAGAGGGUCAAGGCAAUGGUAGCUCCUGAGCAGUUUUCAGCGCUGCGGAUCUCGAAGAGCACCAUGGACUUCAUCCGCUUUGAAGGGGAAGUAGAAAACAAGACGGUGGUCAAAAAUAUGCUCAGUCGUCUGGAUGGGAAGACCAUUAAACUAAGUGGAUUUACUGAUGUUUUGAAGGUCCGUGCUGUUGAGAAUAAGGUGGAUUUUCCUACACGCCACGACUGGGACUCCUUUUUUCGUGACGCGAAGGAUAUGAAUGAGACUCUCCCAGGGGAGAGGCCUGACACGAUUCACCUGGAGGGACUUCCUUGCCGUUGGUUCAGUCUGAAGGACAGCCAGUACCCAGACCGGCCCUCUGAAGAAGUGCUGAUUGCUGUCUUCCAGACUUUUGGCAAGGUGCGAUGUGUUGAUAUCCCAAUGCUGGACCCAUACAGAGAGGAGAUGCUGGACAAGAACUUCAGUACAUUCAGUUUUGGGGGCCAUCUCAAUUUUGAGGCUUAUGUUCAGUACCAGGAGUACUGCGGCUUCACUAAGGCCAUGGACACUCUGCGCGCCAUGAAGUUGAUGCUCAAAGGAGACGAUGGGAAGGCAGUAGCCUGCAACAUCAAGGUUAUGUUUGACACCACCAAGCACCUGAGUGAGUCGGCUAUUAAGAGGAGGAGUCUGGAGCGGUUAAAGUUACAGGAGUUGGAGAAGCAGAGAGAGGAGCAGAAACGGCGAGAGAAAGAAGAGGAAGAGCGACGUAAGCAGGAAGAAAGGAAACAGAAGGAGCAGGAAGAAGAGGAGAAGGAGAGAAGAAAGGAGGAGAAGCUGCGCAAACGAGAGCAGAAGCUCCGGGAAAAGGAGGAAAAGAGGAACCUGAAGAGAGUGAGGCGACAGCAAGAGGUGGAGCAGAAGAAGCUGCAGAUGAAGAUCGCCAUGGAGGAGAGGAGGCUGCUGCUGGCUCAGCGUAACCUGGAAUCCAUACGGCUUAUUGCUGAGCUGCUGGCCAGGGCCAAGUCUAUGAAGCAGCAGCAACAGGAGAAAGAAAGGGCCGAACGGGAGGAACAAGAAAGGAAUGAGCGGGCUCGUCAGGAGGAGGAAAUGGCCCGGCUUCAGCGCCUGGAGGCCUGCCGGCGUAAGCAGGAGGAGGAGCUUCGGAGGGUGGAGGUGGAGAAGGAGCGAGCGCUGGAACUCCAGCGCCGAGAGAAGGAGCUGAGAGACCGAUUACUCUGCAACCUUUUAAAGAAGAGCAAUGAUCAAGCCCCCAAACCUGCAGGCACGCACGACCCGUCUGAGGCUGGAACCGCAGAGGAGGCUUCUGAUCUCUGUGGCCGCGAUAGGAUGCUUGAGGUUUUGGACCAAGUGAAUGGAGCGAAGGCGCCUGAGGGCAAAGAGCAGCGGGUGUUAAAACCGAGCGCGAACUCCCAAGCUUCAGGGAAAAGUAGAGCAGGGGAGGAUCGGAAGAAAGACAGGGAGGGUAGGAGAGAAGAGGUGGUGAGGAGCAGGCACAGCAGAGAACGAGCGAGGGGCCGCUCCCACCGAGAGAGGAGCUCCUGCAGCAGGGGAAGGAGGAGGCGCUCCCGCAGCUACAGCAGGAGGAGAGGCAGCUCCGGGCGUCGCAGGAGGAGCUACAGUCACCACAGCGGCAGGAGGCGCAGCCACAGCAGCUCAAGCCGACACAGUAGCAGGAGCAGCAGUGGGAGGAGUUACAGCAGGGGGCGGAGCCGCAGACGGAGCCACAGGAGACACAGCAGAGGAGCUUCCAGGAGCAGCAACCGGAGCGGAGACAGGAGGAGCUACGGCCGGAGGUACAGACGACACAGCAGCAGCAGAGACAGGAGCCAUUCCAGACGACGCUGAACAGCAUAAGCAGCUGUUUUUUGAAGGGGAACUGGGUUCAGAGGAUCAACGCACGUUUUAGGACCGUGCCACACAAAAACACGUCAAACAGAAUUCAUUCGGCUGAAGCAGCAUUAUAUGUGUGAAGCAUGUACAUGGUUGCAGUGGAUUCUGCUUUUACCUUUUUUUUUCUGACAAAUCUGACAAUAUUCCCAUUUAAUUUGUAUCCUUACACUUGACAAUGUUGCCAACAUUAUUACAAAUGUGUGAAGGUCUUUAAUUACAAUUUGAUCUAACAUAAACACAUUUAGUUUGAUUAGGUUUAAUUAUAAUUCUUCAUUAUAUAAAAAAUAAAAGUUAGAACAUACAUCAGGUCCCAACAUGUGAAGUACGGCCCUACCCUUACUAACAAAAAGAAUGUCAUUGUGCAUAAAAAAUACUGAGCUUUAGAAAGUAGCAGAUACAAGAAGGACGUUUUUCUUGUGAUAUAGCAGCAGUUUGUUACAGAAUAAUAAUUAAAAAAAAAGAAUCGUGGUACAGUCCUGUCCUGUACCAGACACAUUUCCAUCCAGCCGCCUUAUUGUGGACUGUAAUGCAAGGCUGCUGCCUUAGAUCAUGUGUGGAUGUACCGCAGACACCUCUGUGUUUAAGGCUGCUGGUGGACGGACCGUUGAGCUGCCUGACACCUUCAGAUGCUGCUUAAUUGUCGACUGCGUUACCGUCAAGCAGCUCAUCACCAAUCGCAUAGAUUUCUAUACUGAUUCAUUGUUUUGUUUUAGUGCCUGAUGAAGUGUGUAAACCUAUCCACUACAGUGUACAAAAAAAUGCACAGUGAAAGAAAGGGAGUCUGUGCUCUCAGUGCACAGACCCUAUGUGAUGUUGAACAACCCAACGUCUGAGGACUGGAUUGUUGUUUUGCAAGUCUGAGCUGAAAGCUUAGGAAGCCAGCGUCUGGGAUCAAGCAAAACCAAGCGAAAUACUAAGUAAGGAUGUUCAUUCCAGCUUUCAUGCUCUUUUCGCAGCACUGGAUAAGUGCGGUCAGUUGAAGUUCAGUUUGGGUGACGUCAUUUACAGCUUUAUUGAUCACGUCAGCCGGCGUUUCUUCUGUAUGCAAUGUGCUCAUGAUCUGAUGGAGCAUGUCACACAUCCAUUGGGUUAAAUAAAAACAGAAAAAGUCAACAUCUUAUGAAAUCUUCUUUCAAAUAAUUUAAUUGUUGAAAUAAGCAUAUUAGAUUUGGGACUGUUUAAGACUGACCUGUACUGACCUCUGUCCUUUUAUCUUGUGCCUGCCCUGUCCAGACUCAUCCACUGGCUGCUUAGUGGAGACCUAAACUCAAACACUUAUAAACAAACUAAAUAAAUCACACAAAUACAUAAACAUAAUACGAGCAGACAAUAAUCAAUAAUCUGCGCUGUUGCACUCCUAUUUUACUAAUCAAUAAUAUUACUCCAAAUCAAAUGCAAAACACACUACAAACUCCCCUAUUCCAAUUAACUUGGCUGAGUGCCAGAGCUUUCAAAAUGGUGCCCGGCUGUGGGGCCACUCUUUAACCAAACCAACCGGAGCACAUGAUGUGAGUCAAUGUCCAACCUCAUUCAUUUAAACCAGUAAAAUAAAAAUACUAAAAAAUC